ACGACGCAUCCCUCAGGCAGCGACGUGUAUCAUCACCACCAUCCUCAUCCGCACCGGGGCGCACGGAAUCGCAACAGUGAAGGUAGCACCACCAGUAGCGGCACCGGGGCCAGGAAAAUGCAUCCAUCGAAGAAGAUGAUGCCGGCGGAACUUGAUGAUCAUGAGAAGGGCAAGCUGUUCGUCGGUGGGCUGUCUUGGGAGACGAGCCACGAGAACCUGCAGCGCUACUUCAGCCGGUACGGCGAGGUCAUCGAUUGUGUGGUGAUGAAGAACAACGAGACGGGACGUUCGCGCGGCUUCGGCUUUGUGACGUUCGCCGAUCCGGAGAAUGUGGAGCGGGCGCUCGAGAACGGGCCGCACACGCUGGACGGUCGCACGAUCGAUCCGAAACCGUGCAAUCCGCGCUCGCAGCAUAAGCCGAAGCGGACCGGCGGUUACCCGAAGGUGUUCCUGGGUGGAUUGCCGCCCAACAUCACCGAGACGGAUCUGCGCUCGUUCUUCUGCCGCUACGGUAGCGUGAUGGAGGUGGUGAUCAUGUACGAUCAGGAGAAGAAGAAAUCGCGCGGCUUCGGGUUCCUGUCGUUCGAGAGCGAGAGUGCGGUCGAGCGGGCCACCGCUGACCACUUCGUGCACAUCAGCGGCAAGCAGGUGGAGGUGAAGAAGGCCGAACCGCGCGAUGGCAACCAAAACAAUAGCAACAGCAUGAACGCGGACUCGUACCAGUGGGGUUCGCCGCAAGCACCGCCGAUGGGCAACGGGCAGAUGGGUGGACCGCCGAUUAACAUGCAAUCGAACAUGAUCCAGGGCUACCAGAGCUGGGGUUCGUCGCAGCCACAGCAAGGUUACGCUGGGUAUGGUGCUGGUGCGGCUGGCGCUGCCAACGCGUACCAGAACUGGGGUGCACCACCGCCGCCGCAGCAGUGGGGCAAUUCGUAUGCAACGCCGCAGCAAACGCAGGGUUACGGUGCGUACGACAUGUACAACAACUCGGGCGCCGGAAGUGCCGGAGGGUACGGUUCGGGCAACUGGAACUCGUGGAACAUGCCACCGAACACGGCCGGUUCGGCUACCGGUUCGACCGCGGACAUGUACUCGCGUCCACAGUCGGGACCGACGGCCGGUCCGGGUGCUUCGGCGGGACCUAACAGCGGUGGACCAUCGAAGCCGGGCUCGGAGUACGGUGGCGGUUCGGCCGCUUACGGUGGUGGUGCAGCUGCUGCCGCUGCCGCUGCGACCGGUUACAACUACUACCAGAACGAUCAGAACACGUACAACAAUCGGCCACGUUCGGUGUACGGUGCCGGCAGUGAUGCCACUUCGCAGCCACCCUAUCAGGCGUUCUAA